GACCAUCCCGGCCUCUUUAUUUCUACAUGGUAGCACUCCAAAAAAGGACCUGUGUUGGAACUUGGAAAAGAGAGACUAGAGAAAAAGCGGGGAGAAAGAGAGACCUGGCGGUCGCCGGAAACCUACUUCUGGCAAAAAAUCAGCCACUUUUCCUGCCAUGGAAGAAACCAGCGGCAUAUUCAUUUUCCCGGGAAAUCUCGACCCCGCAGCUCAAGAAUUCAUCCCAAUUAAUCCGUACAAUUACCCUUUACCCCCACCAGUUCACUUAUACAACUUCUACUAUCCUAACCCCCCGCCUCCCCUCCCGCUGCCGCAGAUUCCGGCGGACCCGCCGUUCUGCGCUCCUUGUCUGCCGCCGCAGAGCCAAAUCCCGACCCGGACUCUACUCGUCAGCAUGGUGUCGCCCGACGUGAGCGAAUCGCUCGUUCGGCGGGACCUGGAGGUGUUCGGUGACGUGAGGGCCGUUCAGAUGGAGAGAGUCCGGGACGGGAUCCUGACCGUCCAUUUCUACGACCUCCGCCAUGCGCAGUGGGCGGAGGCGGAGAUUCAGCACCAGCACAUGCAGCAGCAGGACCGCCUGCGCCGCCAUUACGAGUCCGGGGCUGCUGCCGCUUUACCACCGCCGCAACCCGCUCCGGGGCCCGGACUGAUCGCCGGCCGGGCGGUGUGGGCCCAGUUCGUAAUCCCGGUGACCUCUAGUAUUCCGGUAGGAAAAAACCAGGGUUCCUUAGUACUGUACAAUCUGGAUCCUGACGUUGUUACUCGGAACCUCAAAGAUAUUUUCGGAUCAUUCGGAGAAGUGAAGGAAGUAAGGGAGACGCCAACGAAGAGACAACAAAGAUUCAUUGAAUUCUAUGACAUAAGAGAAGCAGCAAAUGCAUUAAUUGAGAUGAAUGGCAAGGAAAUCAACGGCCGGCCGUUACAGAUCGAGUUCAGCCGUCCCGGCGGGUUCAGCGGCAGAAGAUCCCCGAAACCCAAAUCCUCGGCCCUCUCGCCACCGUCUCCCACCACGACCGUCGUGCCCCCUCGGUUGCAAGAAUCAUCCAGCGUUGACGGCGGUCGGAGUAAAACUAGUAAAAAGAGCAAUGGCAAGUCCAAGAAGAUCGGGAAAAACGGCGGGAACGAGUCAUCGUCGAAACCACGGGGAAAAAGCGGGAAAGAAACGAAAUGGUGGAAUAAUUAUAAAAAAAAUUCUGGGGGAAAAGAUGAUUAUGAUCCUCGUUUCGUGAUAGCUGAAGAUGAAAUAAUGGAAGAAUCGGCGGAUUGUAGAGAUGAGAGAACAACUGUUAUGAUAAGGAACAUUCCCAACAAGUACAGUCAGAAGCUGCUGCUAAAUAUGCUGGACAACCACUGCAUCAACUGUAACGAUCGGAUUUAUGCUGCCGGCGGCAAUGACGGCGCCACCGUCCACCACUCUUAUUCCUCCUAUGAUUUUGUAUACCUCCCCAUCGAUUUCAUAAACAAGUGCAACGUGGGAUAUGGUUUUGUGAAUAUGACCUCGCCAGAAGCAGUGAGGAGACUUCACAAGGCUUUUCACUUGCAAACUUGGGAAGCUUUCAACUCCAGGAAAAUCUGCCAUGUCACCUAUGCCAGAAUACAGGGAUUAGAAGAAUUGACGGAGCACUUCAAGACCUCAAGGUUCCCGUGCGACGCGGAAGAAUACAUGCCGGUGGUAUUCUCGCCGCCGCGGGAUGGGCGGGCGUUAACCACUCCGGUGCCAAUCUUUGGCUGUGGGGUGGACCCUCCCUCCCCACUCACCAUCUCUCCAGACGUCAAUCUUCAAUGUCUUUCCCUAGACGGGCCCGACAACAACAGUAGUAAUGAUGGAGAGGCGGCCGCACCAUCCGCCGGUGACGGCUACGACAGUGACGGCGGCGGCGAUCACGGAGACUUUUGAUGGAAAUAAUGUAGGUGGGUAUUCAAUAUGCAUGGUUGACAUUCGUCAAACGAUCAAGAAGAUUUAUCGUGACUCAAAAAAGAUUCUACCCAUGUAAUGAUUAAACUAAAUCUCCAUGGCUGGGG